CCUGGUUAACUCCUAGUCCCCAUCCCAGCGGCCUUUGCGGGAACAAAAUGGCAGCCCCCACACCGCGGGGUUUGUAUUGUUUAUCCAAAGCCUUAGGAUGGUGGUCUCGGCAGCCUGUCCUGGUGACUCAGUCCACAGUUGUAGUUCCAGUGAGAACUAAAAAACGUUUCACACCUCCUACUUAUAAACCCAAAUACAAAUCAGAAAAGGAGUUUAUGGAAUAUGCCCGGAAAGCAGGACUGGUCAUUCCUCCAGAACGUUUGGAGCGUCCACUACAUCUGGCCUGUACAGCUGGUAUCUUUGAUGCCUAUGUUCCUCCAGAGGGUGAUGCUCGCUUGUCAUCUCUUGCAAAGGAAGGACUAGCACAGAGAAGUGAACAACUGAAGAAGAAGGUGGCAUCACAAUUGUCAAUCCGGAAGAUAAGAGAACAUGAUCCUAAUUUUAAAAUAAAGGACUUCCCCGAAAAAGCUAAGGAUAUUUUUAUUGAAGCUCACCUUUGUCUAAACAACUCAGACCAUGACCGGCUUCAUACCUUGGUAACUGAAAACUGUUUUCCGGUAGGUCCUAACCUCCUUAGGACUGUUGGAGGCCUGAAUGAGCCGAUUCUAGACAUCACCUCUGGUUUCCUAAGAAGGAUCAGUUUCGCAAAUGCAGGAAGUUCAAGGCAAAAGCUGUGGUUCCAUUGGUUUUGGCUAAAUGAUACUGACUUGACUUGGGCUUUGGACAUGGUCUGGGACAUCAAGUAUAAGACAGUCCGCUGGAGCUUUGUAGAAUCUUUAGAGCCACCCCAGGUGGUUCAGGUUCGCUGUUCGAAUCUGCUGAACCAGGGCAACAUAUACGGCCAGGUCACUGUCCGCUUGCACACCCGACAGACUCUAGCCAUCUAUGACCGGUUUGGCCGGCUAAUGUAUGGACAGGAAGAUGUGCCCAGGGAUGUCCUGGAGUAUGUUGUGUUUGAAAAGCACCUGGUAAAUCCCUAUGGGAGCUGGAGAAUGCAUGGCAAGAUCACCCCUCCAUGGGCACCCCAUAAGCAGCCCAUCCUUAAGACGGUGAUGAUCCCUGGGCCCCAGCUGAAACCCUGGGAAGACUAUGAAGAACCACAAGGAGAGGCCCAUAAACUUUAGCUAUCCUGGUGGCAUAAAUGACUCCUCGGAUUGAAGCAUGGUGAUGAGGUGGCUGGAUGCUAUGGAGUCUGGAAGCUGUGAAGUCAGUCAUCUCUCCAUCAUGCUGUAGAAGCAUCUAUGUUUGACCUUUCCUCUCCUGCUUGGGUGUUUCCAGCUGUCUCCUCCACAACCACGGCUGAUGGCUGGGUCCAGGUGGGUGGCUGGCUAAUACAUACAGCCAUAAGCCCACUUCGUCCUAUUUAAAUUGUAUAUCUAGCUUUUGAGUCUCAACAAAAGUAUGUUUCAGAUACCUAUUUUUCCUGUAGCAGAGACCGUCAGGAGCAAACUGGCAGAAUUUUCUUUUUAAUUAUAGGCAGGGAUCAGAGUUUGAAAUAAAACACUGUCAGGGUAUUGGACACACUGUGGUGGGUUAUGUACUUCUCCCCAGCUUAGGCUAGAAGUAGACCAGCCUUCAGAGAGCAGAAUUGGAAGAUGGGCUGAACUGUGAAUUAUGUGGCUUCCAAUAAAUCCAGACUUGGGAAAAAUAAUGCAUGUUCAUUGAAGAUUCAAGGUCUUUUCUCACAUACUGACUCACCUAAUCAGCAUUUGUAUUUCAUAGAAGAAUGUAAGUGCAAAGAAAUCAUCCUUCAGCCUUUGGAUUGUGUUCUUAAUUAUCAAUUGCAUCCUGGUGUGGUCUCAGGAAGCGGAGGAGGCAGAGGCCAACAGAAGAGGUCAUGCAUUUGGGAAAUCCAUCUGUAAGACUUUAUUCCCUGAUUUCUAGCACCUCUUGGAGAUGAGGACUCUUCUUUCCAGCCCCCCAUUGGUAGUAAGGCAAACACUAGAAUAUGAACCUGUUUAGAGUGAAGCAACCUUGCCCCUCCUUGUUCCUGAGCUCUCACUGGGCUGUCAGGAGGAGGCUAUGGGACUUUACCUGCUUGAGUGUCCAGGGUGAUCUGAGGUAUGACAAGGGAAAUCACUCUGUACCAGCAGCAAGCGUGGCUUGUACUAUUACUUUCAUCAACCCAAUGUGGGCUGCCCUGAAAAACAGGACCUUAAUUCUCAUGUGUUGUUUUUCCAGCCCCGAAUUUUCGUUUAAUGAGUCUGUCUCUUAGGAUCAGGAUUAAUCUGUUCUGACCUUUUCCUGAGAGCAGAAUCCAAAGAAACUAGAAUCAGGUCAAGAAUAACCUAAGUUCUUGGGGAGCCUGAGUGGCUCUGUCAGUUGUGCAUCCAACUCUUGAUUUUGGCUUAGGUCAUUCUUGGGGUCCUGGGAUCAAGCCCCAAGUUGGGUUCCAUACUCAGUGGGGAGUCUUCUUGGGAUUCUCUCUGUCCCUCGCCCUACGCACACUCUCUCGCUCAUUUGCUCUCUCUCAGAUAAGUUAAUUAAAAAAAAAGAAAAGAAGAACCACCUAACUCCUCAGUCUCUCUAAAACUACCAUCUCAGCAAAGCAGCCAACAAAUCAGUCCUCACUGGGGAAAACGAAUGUUUUUACAACAGCUGCUAAAUGCAGACUAUGGGAACAAGAUGUGUCUUCCCAAGGAAGAUUGAGCACUGGUGGGUUAAUCCAGGGCAGCCACUCUUUAUCAUACUACUUACAUCUCAACCCAUUUGGCUUAAAAUGUACAUCAGUUUGCAGCAUUUCUGCUGAAGUGAGGUUCGGCCACAUCCUAUUUGCCUGAGCCCUGGAUUAAGGCAAAAUGAGAAGGCAAGUGCUUUCAGCAGGAUCCACAGCUGGGGAGUAUGGAGUAAGGGGAAGUAAUCCAGGGAGGGGAGGGAAGCAGAGAAUGAAAAGAGCACCCUCACUGGGCACAUGACCGAUUGAUUUCCCUGAAUAUGUAAAAACAGUACUUCAAAUAAGCUGUUUCCUCACACUCCCCUAGAUCUGUCUCCAGAUAAUCCUGAAUAGCUGCUAAGCAGUAGCUGCCACGGGAGAGCCAGAGGAUAAAUGCAAUUUUCAUUUCCCCUUGGGAUCAAAUCCAGCUGAGCAAAUGGCCCAGAUAUAAAGGAUUGGCUUGAAGGGCCAGGCAGAGACCAUCUGCAGUGCCAGCCACGGAGCUGGGGACUGGGUGAGAAUUAGAACACCCCAAAGUCCUGAAGGCCAUAGUGUAGUUACCUCAGGCUUGUGCUUGUUUCCUUACCCAUCUACUGUUCCCAUUUAAAAACAUUGGAAAAAGGGCAGCCUGGGUGGCUCAGCGGUUUAGCGCUUGCAUUUGGCCCAGGGUAUGAUCCUGGAGACCCUAGAUCGAGUCCCAUGUCAGCCUCCCUGCAUGGUGCCUGCUUCUCCCUCUGCCUGUG